AUGUUGAGUAAUCAAUUUAGAUGUUGCAAUCACAUCCGACGAAUUAUUCCUCUGGUAAUCAGUAAUAACGGUGUUUUAGAGAUUUCAACUAUUAUACGAGCUUCACGAACUUAUACAAAGGACAAAGGCGAUUGCUGUAAGGAAGUAUCGCAAACAGAAGGGAAGACAGUACAGCCUUGGCCCAAAAGUGAUCCACCGCCGCCCGCUUGGCGUAUACAGUGUCCUCAAGAGUCCCAACCCCCAAAUUACGAUCCUUAUAGGAUAAAAGUACCCAAUGUUGUAGUUCCACCUCUUCCUUCAAGCAAUGCGAAGUGGACGGGAGUCGUGUUCACCAUCAAUCAGCCCGGAGGCCAUGAGCACAAUUACCAACAAGGACACCAGCACCAAUAUCCUGGUCAGCAAUGUCCUCAGGGCGAAGAGCAUGUUGAAAAAGAAGAGCCUGAGAGUCAAGGAUUUUUUGGCUAUCUAAAAAGUCUAUUUGGUAGAGGCAAAUCUAAAUCAGAAAAAGGCGAAGGAGAGACGUCUAUGAUUGGUGAAAGAAGGAGUUGGAUGUCGAGUUUU